AUGUACCAUUCUUUUCCCCCAAAAUAUAAACCUUUUUUUCCUUUCCUUGAAUGAAUUGGACUCUUCUCUUUCGUUCUUCUCCAUCCACCGCCUCUUCAAGAUUUCAUAUUUAAUGCCUAAUUAGGGUCUCUAUUAGUUACUAUUUUCACUCCCUUUUAAUCAGUCUGCAAAAGAAGCAAGAAACAAGUCUGUUGUAGAUCCAUCUUUCCCAUACACUACUUGGCUGGCUGUUGUUGCUUAGGUGAUUUGCAGCUUACCUUAGCAGCUUUGUUGAAAGAUUUCAAGAUCAUCUGACUAUCAAACAUGGUCGGCAGCCCUUUAGGUCGGAAAUGUAAAACGAAUGGCUCUAUGCGUAGUGAAGUUGUGGAAAAGCAGUUAGAAGGCCCACUUCGGACUCCAGUAUCAUCUGUUGGGAGAUAUCCUAUUUUAUCUAGCAAGAAGGACGACCAAAUUCUAAAGGAGAAAUUAUCACAUACUUUAAACACAAAAGUUUUGAGUGGAAAAGAAACUGAAAGUACACGUGAGUUGAGGUGCACUGAGACAAGGAAUAGAAGUUCAUAUUCCGCUCCGACAAUUAGUUCUUCCAGAAAAACUAGUACAGAAAAGCAAAAAGUACAAGUCCAGCAAAUUAGGCCAAGGUUAAAAAAUUCGGUAUCAGAAUCAAUUAAGACAAGCGAAGUGAAAGGUACUCCUGUUCCUAUUAGACCACCCUUGCCUGUAACUAAGAAAAUCGAGAAGAUUUCAGCUCCACCUCAAGUACUAAAGGAAAUAACGCCAAUCCAGACUUCUAUCCAUCCAUCACAACCAACAGCUACACUUACAAAGAGCUCCGUACUUCAGAAGACUUCAUCUAAGCCCCAGCUAUCACAUCAGAAGCUACAGAACAAAGCUCCCGUCCUUCAAUCGAAAAUUCAAAAGUCUCCAACUUCACAGCCUUCUGUAAGUCGGUCUGAACAGUAUGUUAGUAGAAGACCUGGAAUCCAGAAAACAACGGUUCCUCCCCAGGCUUUGGCAGGAAAGACAAGGCUUCCGACCUCCAUCAGGCAGUCUAAAUCAUCCACAAGUACCAAGGAGCCUUCAAGAAUUAGAGAGAGAUACUUAGGACAUGAAGAGCCCAUCCAUCAUAUUGUUUGGGAAGGUUCGGAUGAAACAUUUCAUUCCUCUGAAAUGACUUGCCCGCUAUGCGAAAAUGAUCUGUCUGACAUGCCUGAUGAAUCUGCAGAUAAAUAUUACGACGAUGAUGUUGAGCCUUCCGUUCUACCAAGUGUUGCUAUUUUGUCAUGUGGACAUUCUUUUCACGCCGUAUGCUUGGAUGGCAUUACCCCUGAAGAAAACUCUAGUGAUCCUCCAUGCUUUUUUUGUCUCAGUUGCAUUGAUUGAGCCUCAAUCAAUUUGUUGAGGGCAUUCUUGGAGCAGCUUGAAGUAGAAGUAAUUUUACCAGGUGUACAGAUGUCUUAUAGUUCAACUUCAACUGCUCAUUUAGUUCACAUUUAUUUUGUCAAUUUAGAAAUAAAAGUAUUCUCAGGCCAA